AAGGACACUUCACGAAACAUUGAACUAUACAAUUAAUCUUAUACAAACGAGAAAUACUUUGAAAUACAUAUUACAGAAAAUUUCGACCGUAAAAUGUAAGCGCGUCAUUACGUUUCUGAAUGCGUUAUCACAUCGAGUGCAGUCGAAUGUACUCAUUGCAAUGCACGCACGUGAGCCUGGUGUCUCCACCUGGUGCACGUUUGGUUAUUCGGUGUUGGGACACGUCAAAGUCGCGGAAGCCGCUAUCGCAAAAUUCAUUCCGCCACACGCGAUGAAGCGCACCGGAACGGCACUCCGAGGGGAGAAGAUCUCACGAAUCCGCGAAUGAAAGUGAAAACUGUACGCACACGAGUGUAUCCCGCGAGUGAGUUAACAUGAUCAGCGGCAUUCAGAUCGCCCUGAAGAAUGCCAUUGACGUGAUAGCCCCACCGGCAACGCCGUUGCAAGAUUUCACCUACCAUUGGAAACAAUUGAUGAAUUUCUAUGUGAGUCAUCUGACUGACUGCAAGGUUCCUGUGCAGAACACCAGUAUACCUCGACACCUAGAUGUAUUAUUGGAAAUCUUACUACGAGAAGAGAAAGAAGAGAAUGAACCUGGACCUUGUUUAGAAUAUCUUUUGCAACACAAGCUUUUGGACCUUUUAGCGACUUUGGCUUGUGCAGAGACACCACCUGGCAUGCGAACAAUUUGCCUUGCUUUCUUGAGGAAAUUUCUGGGCAGAUCAAAAUAUCCCUUGCUACAUCAUACAUCUAUCUAUGCGCCAAUACAACGACUUGUAACACUUUGCAACGGUAAUCCGCCAUCACCAAUUGAAGUUGAAGAGGUGCAAUUCCUGCUAACAAUCUGCUUCCUGGUAUGCAAAUAUCCCCACGUGACCAACAUUAUCAAUGAUGCACCAAUUGCACAAACAGCUAGCAAUGUUGUUAAGAAGGAUAACGAGAGAACAGAGAUCCAGAAGGUGACCUAUAUUCCAACAAGAAGAAGAAACAAUUCUAAUCCUUUAUUUGAGCCUUUGGAUACCCAAGCAGUUACAUUAGUCAACCCAAAUCUCUUCGACAAAGAACAGAAAAAAUUACUACGUUCGAGCAGGACUUUUAACGUAGCUGCACAAUAUGAUUUGUCCAGGAGAUCGAACGAAUCCAUAUCUUCCAGGGAUGAGAGCGUAUCAUCGAGUCCUUUGGCUCAAAAAUCCGUUUGUGAUUCGCCUUCGAUAGACACAAAGAGCAGUGAACAAGGGGAGGAAAAGAACGAAAGAGAUUCUUCAGGAAACAAGAUUGAUGAACAUUUGCAAAAUUUGAGGGAUUUACGACUGGAUACCGAUUGUAACAUUUACGACGACACAAGUUACGUGGCGGGUAAUAAUCCGAGUUUGAAGUCACCGAAGAUGCCCGAAAAAUCUAAAUGUCUUCUAUUAGAUGCCCUGAUGAGUUAUUUAAAUAGCGCGGAUAACAUGGUAAGAAUAAGAGCAUGCGAGGGAAUAAUGGUUUUGGCUUCAUUGGACGAUCCUUCAUUUGCACAAACAGUCGCCAGGAGCGAGCUGUCAUCAAUAAUAUCUAGUCGCCUAGAAAACUUAUUUAAUGCUAUACCGGCGCAUGUGGAUUACUUGGAAAUCUAUAAUGUGGACGUCACGUGGGGUCUGGACUCACCGUUGUGGACUAAGGAGAAAAAAUUUCCUGGUUGCCGGCAAGUAGCGGCGUUUUUUAUGUGGUUCGACUAUUGUGAUCAGUUGAUGAGAGAGGCUCAGAUGGAAUUCGCGGAGACGCUGGCGAGGACCAUCAGAGUAAUGUUCUUUGAGAGGAUAGUCACACCCGCCCUGGCCGAUCAUCACGUCAUACUUAUCACGGCUUUAAUUGCUAAGUGCUUGAAAGAAAUGAGCUCCUCUAUAUUGUGUACAGAGGUGAGUUAUUGGUUGGUCGGGCAAGAGAGAGAUCCAGACAUACCGAAUGUGUGGACGUCACCAGUAUUGCAUAGAUUGAUAGAGAAUUGUUUCUCGGACAGUAAUGAUCUUACAAUAGAGACGUUAAAAUUAUUUGAGGAAGCAAUAGACAAAAGAAACGAGCACAUACUCCACUGUCUCUUGCUGAUCUAUUUGUCUACGCGAAUGUAUUACGACAAUACUGCCGCCGAUAGUGCUAUCGCAUCUUGGAGCGAUGAAGAAGAUGAAAGGGAAAAGGAAAAAAAGGGAUCUUUGGAUCUUUCUUAUGAGCAGAGUCACAGUCGCACUUUGGCACCAAGUAACAUCCACCGAGUUAUAAACUGUUUUCUGUCAUUAAUACCGCGUUACUUACAAACGGAUUCUGAUGCUAAUAAUUAUGAGAAAUAUAUGCCGAUUUGGGAACGACAGUAUUCUUCCGUGCUUUCCGACUGCGCUUUAAUGGCGUGGCCAUUAGAGGCAGUGAUGGUGGACGAUUCCGCGAGUUCAGACUCGCGACCAGAAGCUGACCAUGGCUCAGGUCGGUUCUACAUGGGACCAUUCCUAAGCAUGCUUUUCGACAAAAUCAGCAAUAUGCCAAGACAGACAUACGAGGUCAAUGUAGGGAUCACAGGGUUGAUCUCCAGGCUAGCGCUACUGCCGCACCCGUACCUGCACGAAUUCUUGCUGAAUCCUCUGCUGCCUUUGAUACCUGGCACGAAGAGUCUGUUUUCGUGCUUACAGAAGGUUGUCAAGCAACUUGUUAGCGAAAUACCAAAAACUCCGGAGAGUAAAGCGAUGUUAACAGAGAGGAGACAGAGACUGUUGGAUGACUGUUUACAAGAAGAGGAGAAAGGAAAUCUUUUGUACGAAAGCGCCAUAGUGACAGAAGAUUUUUGCAAAGAUCUCGCAGCCAUAGCAUAUGUCAAGUAUCACCAUUCUGUUUAACGAAGUUUUACACAUAUCGCAUCCCCGCAAAAAAGUGACACAAGUAAAAAUAUAAAUUUGUUUAGGAGAGAGGAGAGAAAAUUACGUUAAUAAUAACGUUUUCUAUUAAUGAUGAAUGAUGGAAAAUAAUUUCACAGGUCUAUGCUUGGUCAAACAAUAAUUUUAAAAUUAAUUCUUUAUGACAGUAUUAAACAACAUUAAUGAACUCACACGGGAAAUAUUUGAAUCGAAUUUAUAUCACUUUUCCUGAUUGAAGGCCGAUGUAUUUAGAUCACUAUCUGUACAUAAUACAAAAUUCGAAAAAUUUCAAUUUGUGUCAUUUUUCUUCCAGGGAUGCAAUAAGAGUUCAUUAAAUAUACAGAAUAGUGAUACUUAACUUAAAUAAAUUAUAGAUGUUAAUAUAUAUAUUAAAUCAUAAUUACUUAUAUUGUACUUAGUAAAUUCUUUAUGUGAUGAUUUUGUAAGAUACACAUUAUAAUAAAUA